AUGGGAUCAAUAGCAACUAUUCAUGGAUUCCUUAGAACAUUUCACCCAGAAAUUGGAAAUCCAGAAGAUGGAGUAAAAUUUGGCCCAUCAACAAGCAAUAAGGUAAAGCAUAUUUAAAAAUACUGUACAUGUAGCCAAAAUAAUAUUAUAAUUCUAGGAAACAUGUAUGCAUUUACAAUAAUGUAUAACAUUACAUUCAUUUUAAUGCUCUCAACAGAUUGAGAGAUGGUGGCGUGAUUUACAUCACAGAUUUGAGAAGUAUUUCAAAAGGCAAUUGAAUAUGUUGUUAGAACAAGGCUUCUAUGAUCAACAUAAUCAAACUGACAGGUACAGUUGCAACACUUUCUCAAAUAUGGUACCCCACCCUAGUUCCACACGAAAUCAACUACAACACAACUUUGAGAAUUCAUACUGAUUACUGACGCUUGUAAUUGUCAGCAUGCAAUUCCUUCAGAUGUUUAAAUGCAAUACUGUAGCAAAAACAUGUGUCAAUAUGACAGCUGCCAUUAUCUCUCACUGGCAUAGUGGCAUUACUACCAGUAUAAAUAAUUAACGAUUAAAUCACUAAGUUGUAUAGUACUGUUGCACUACCCUGUAUGUACAUUUAAAACACUAAAAAAUAUUUUUCUCUUUUAUAAGGGACUUGUUGGCAUUCAUAUUUAUUCCAAUUAUUCAAAAGGAAAUAGAUGUUUUCUACAAAUGUACAUGGAACACCCACAGGAUAAGACAGCAAAAGGAUGCACAAAUGCCAAAGGGAAUUCCUGAUCAUGUUUUUAAUUUUCCUGAGAACUAUGGUCAUGAACAAUGUGGUAAGCCAAGGACAAAUACAGUGCUAAACCAUAUUUUUUACACCUACUGUAUGCAGUUCACAAUUAUGGUAAAGUUAAAUUGGUAAAUGGCUAAUUGACAUUUGAAAGUAUAUAAUGUGCACAUCUUGCUGUAAUGGAUCUAUGUAAUUGGCCAAGUAAUUGUAAUGGGAGAAUUCACUAGAUUGAAAGCUUUCUUAACAUUUUCAUACAAUUUAAAUAUUUUUCAAAUACGUAAAGACUUAAAAUUCAUGUGAAAAGGUUCUGUAAAUGCUUUUAAGGAUUUAAAUGGCCUAUACAAACCAGGUCUGUGGUUGACAUUUUGAUAACAUAUUUUUUAACAAAAUAGGUACUGAUAGGAAGAUUCUAAAAAUUCAAAGCUUCAGCAACAUGGACUAGCAAACAGUGACCUUAUAUUGGUACAUUACAGGUCUGCCCAUUACAGAUGAAGCACUUGACGAAGUUAGAGAACUAUCAGGAGUAAUGGAUGUAGGAGAAGACUUUCUUGACGCUGAUGUUCGUAGGGAGUGUGAACAAAUUAUCCCAGAAAUUGAUCAAGUUAAACCAGCUGAUGCAGCAGAUACAUAUUUGUUUCUGAAACAUAAUUAUGGACAAUCAGAGAAUAUGUGA